AUGCUCGGCUUUUAUGUCUCAGCUGUUUUCACUCGUUGGGGCGAAAUUUUUAUGAAUUUGGGGUGGAUAGAUUCACCAGCAAUUUUACUUGCCACAAUUGUAAGAGGUACAAGUGAGGAAGCGAGGAAUAUUCGAAGAAAUAUUAUUAGAUAUUUAGUAUUAGUCCAAGCAAUGGUUUAUAGAGAUAUUAGUGCUUGUGUCAAAAAACGAUUUCCAACAAUGGAUCAUUUAGUUACUGCUGGAAUAAUGACAUCAAAUGAAUUGCGUGAAUUUGAUGCAAUUGAGACUGAACAUAUAAAAUAUUGGACACCAAUCCAAUGGGCAUUUCUUCUUUUAAGAAGAGCUAGAGAUCAAGGACUUGUUGAUAGCGAUAUUAUUUAUGUGGAUAUGUUAGAAAAAAUCCGCCAAUAUCGCGUAAAUGUUUUAACACUUACUCUUUAUGAUUGGGUAUAUACACAAGUUGUUAAUUUAGCUGUUCGUUCCUAUUUUUUAAUUGCUUUAUUUGGAAGGCAAUAUUUAAUUGGGGAAAGAAAAGAAAAAACUAUAGAUUUAUUUAUACCUUUAAUGAGUAUUAUGCAAUUCCUUUUUUAUAUGGGUUGGAUUAAAGUUGCUGAAGUUUUAUUAAAUCCUUUGGGUGAGGAUGAUGAUGAUUUUGAAACAAAUUGGAUUAUUGACAGAAAUUUACAAGUUGGUCUGUGUAUUGUGGAUGAUUGCUAUGGAAGAGUUCCUGGAUUAGAAAAAGAUCAAUUUUGGGAACAGAGUAAUCCACAAUUACUUUACACAGCAGAAAGUGCUUCUAGACCCCAAAAUCCAAUGAUUGGUUCUUGUAAUGAUUCGUAUGUUUUCUUGUCUUUAAAUUGGGGAAAAAUUAUUUAGA